AUGCGGGGCUCGGGGCCCCGGGGCGCGGGACGCCGGCGGACCCCCAGCACCCCUGCGUCCCUGGCUGGCUGCUCCUUCGCACCUCGCAGGGCGCCCCUCUGGACCUGCCUUCUCCUGUGCGCCGCGCUCCGGACCCUCCUGGCCAGCCCCAGCAACGAAGUGAAUUUGUUGGAUUCACGGACUGUCAUGGGGGACUUGGGAUGGAUUGCUUUUCCAAAAAAUGGGUGGGAAGAGAUUGGUGAAGUUGAUGAAAAUUAUGCCCCUAUCCACACAUACCAAGUAUGCAAAGUUAUGGAACAGAACCAGAAUAACUGGCUUUUGACCAGUUGGAUCUCCAACGAAGGUGCUUCCAGAAUCUUCAUAGAACUCAAGUUUACUCUGCGGGACUGCAACAGUCUUCCUGGAGGGCUGGGGACCUGUAAGGAGACUUUCAACAUGUAUUACUUUGAGUCAGAUAAUGAGAAUGGGAGAAACAUCAAGGAAAACCAGUACAUCAAAAUUGAUACCAUUGCUGCCGAUGAAAGCUUUACAGAACUUGAUCUUGGUGACCGUGUCAUGAAACUGAAUACAGAGGUCAGAGAUGUAGGACCUCUAAGCAAAAAGGGAUUUUAUCUCGCUUUUCAAGAUGUGGGUGCUUGCAUUGCUCUUGUUUCAGUGCGAGUGUAUUAUAAAAAAUGCCCUUCUGUGGUACGACAUUUAGCUGUCUUCCCUGACACAAUUACUGGAGCUGAUUCUUCACAGUUACUUGAAGUGGCAGGCUCCUGUGUCAACCAUUCUGUGACAGACGAACCACCCAAAAUGCACUGCAGCGCUGAAGGGGAGUGGCUGGUACCCAUUGGGAAAUGCAUGUGCAAGGCCGGAUACGAAGAGAAAAACGGCACCUGUCAAGUGUGCAGACCUGGGUUCUUCAAAGCCUCACCUCACAGCCAGAGCUGCAGCAAAUGUCCACCUCACAGUUACACCCAUGAGGAAGCUUCAACCUCUUGUGUCUGUGAAAAGGAUUAUUUCAGGAGGGAGUCUGAUCCACCCACAAUGGCAUGCACAAGACCCCCCUCAGCUCCUCGGAAUGCCAUCUCAAAUGUUAAUGAAACUAGUGUCUUUCUGGAAUGGAUUCCUCCUGCUGACACUGGUGGAAGGAAAGAUGUGUCAUAUUAUAUUGCAUGCAAGAAGUGCAACUCCCAUGCAGGUGUGUGUGACGAGUGUGGCGGUCAUGUCAGGUACCUCCCCCAGCAAAUCGGCCUGAAAAACACCUCUGUCAUGGUGGUGGAUCUGCUCGCUCACACAAACUAUACCUUUGAGAUUGAGGCAGUGAAUGGAGUGUCCGACUUGAGCCCAGGAGCCCGGCAGUAUGUGUCUGUAAAUGUAACCACAAAUCAAGCAGCCCCCUCUCCAGUCACCAAUGUGAAAAAGGGGAAGAUAGCUAAGAACAGCAUCUCCUUGUCUUGGCAAGAGCCAGAUCGCCCCAAUGGAAUCAUCCUGGAGUAUGAAAUCAAAUAUUUUGAAAAGGACCAAGAGACCAGCUAUACAAUUAUCAAAUCUAAAGAGACAUCUAUAACUGCGGAGGGCUUGAAACCAGCUUCGGUGUAUGUCUUCCAAAUUCGGGCACGCACGGCAGCAGGCUAUGGUGUCUUCAGUCGAAGAUUUGAGUUUGAAACCAUCCCAGUGUCAGUUGCAGCAUCCAGCGAUCAAAGCCAGAUUCCUAUAAUUGCUGUGUCUGUGACAGUGGGAGUCAUUUUGUUGGCAGUGGUUAUCGGCUUCCUCCUCAGUGGAAGGCGGUGUGGUUACAGCAAAGCCAAACAAGACCCGGAAGAGGAAAAGAUGCAUUUUCAUAAUGGGCACAUUAAACUGCCAGGAGUAAGAACUUAUAUUGAUCCACAUACCUAUGAGGACCCCAAUCAAGCUGUCCAUGAAUUUGCCAAGGAGAUAGAAGCUUCAUGCAUCACCAUUGAGAGAGUUAUUGGAGCAGGUGAAUUUGGUGAAGUUUGUAGCGGACGUUUGAAACUUCCAGGAAAGAGAGAAUUACCUGUGGCGAUUAAAACCCUUAAAGUAGGCUAUACUGAGAAACAGCGCAGAGAUUUCCUUGGGGAAGCAAGUAUCAUGGGGCAGUUUGACCAUCCUAACAUCAUUCACUUAGAGGGUGUCGUGACCAAAAGUAAACCGGUGAUGAUUGUGACAGAGUAUAUGGAAAAUGGUUCUUUAGAUACAUUUUUAAAGAAAAAUGACGGGCAGUUCACUGUGAUCCAGCUGGUUGGCAUGCUGAGAGGCAUCGCUGCAGGAAUGAAAUACCUUUCUGACAUGGGCUACGUGCAUAGAGACCUUGCUGCCAGAAACAUCUUAAUCAACAGUAACCUUGUGUGCAAAGUGUCUGACUUUGGGCUUUCCAGGGUCCUGGAAGAUGAUCCUGAGGCAGCCUACACCACAAGGGGAGGCAAAAUUCCAAUCAGAUGGACUGCCCCAGAAGCUAUAGCUUUCCGAAAGUUUACCUCUGCAAGUGAUGUCUGGAGCUAUGGAAUCGUGAUGUGGGAGGUUGUGUCUUAUGGAGAAAGACCCUACUGGGAGAUGACCAACCAAGAUGUGAUUAAAGCCGUAGAGGAAGGCUAUCGUCUGCCAAGCCCCAUGGACUGCCCUGCUGCUCUCUACCAAUUAAUGCUGGAUUGCUGGCAGAAAGAUCGAAAUAGCAGGCCCAAAUUCGAAGAAAUUGUCAACAUGUUGGACAAGCUGAUCCGUAACCCAAGUAGCUUGAAGACACUGGUUAAUGCAUCAAGCAGAGUAUCUAAUUUAUUGGCAGAACAUGGCUCACUGGGAUCUGGGGCCUACAGAUCAGUAGGCGAAUGGCUAGAAGCAAUCAAAAUGGGCCGAUAUACAGAGAUUUUCAUGGAAAAUGGAUACAGUUCAAUGGACGCUGUGGCUCAGGUGACCUUGGAGGAUUUGAGACGGCUUGGAGUGACUCUUGUUGGUCACCAGAAGAAGAUUAUGAACAGCCUUCAAGAAAUGAAGGUGCAGCUGGUCAACGGGAUGGUGCCAUUGUAA